AGCAGAGUUUCGCCUUUCACUGGACGGAAAAAAACUUGCGAGAUCUUCCAGAAGAACCUUCGAGUUUAAACGACACCGAGAUCUCCAGCGCGCAGUUCGAGCCCUCGCUACGCGGAGCACGAGCUCUUAUUCCCGCGGUGUUUCUCCGGUUUAUCUCCACUGAUGGAUCCGCGGUGACCGGAGGAGCUCAAAUCAGCGAUGGCAUCUUACCAUAGCUUAGAUGAUGACGCAAUGGCUCUCAUGGUGCACGACACCAACGCGGUGAAGAAGGAGGACGAGCCGCUCCAGGAGCCGGGCUCCGAGAAGACCGACCCGGCGCAGAAGCCGCCCUACUCAUACGUGGCCCUGAUCGCCAUGGCCAUCCGGGAGAGCACCGAGAAGAGGCUCACUCUAUCCGGCAUCUACCAGUACAUCAUCACCAAAUUCCCAUUUUAUGAGAAGAAUAAAAAAGGCUGGCAGAACAGCAUCCGACACAACUUGAGUCUCAACGAGUGCUUCAUUAAAGUGCCCCGGGAGGGCGGCGGGGAGCGCAAGGGCAACUACUGGACCCUGGACCCGGCCUGCGAGGAUAUGUUCGAGAAGGGGAACUACCGAAGGAGGAGGCGGAUGAAGCGGCCGUUUCGACCGCCCGCGGCUCACUUCCAAGCUGGGAAGAGUUUGUUUGGGGGCGACGCGUACACCGGGUAUCUCCCCGCGCCGAAGUACCUCCAGUCGGGCUUCAUGAACAGCAGCUGGCCGCUCCCGCAGCCUCCUCCGCCGGCCAUGAGCUACGCGUCCUGCCAGAUGCCCAAUGGCAACAUGGGCGCAAUGAAAGCACUGUCGACCCCUUCGUAUAACCCGUACAGCCGAAUGCAAGCCAUGGGGCUGCCGAACAUGAUGAACUCGUACGGCGGGAUGGGUCACCACCAGCAGCCGCAGCACCAGCAGCAGUCGGCGGCUCCGUCCAACAGCGCGGCCGCUCUGCAGUUCACCUGCUCCCGGCAGCCGGCGGAGCUCUACUCGUACUGGGAGCAUGAGGCCAAGAGCUCCGCGCUGCACUCGCGGAUUGACAUUUGAACCUCAUUUCGAGGAUAUUUACGAACUUUGUCUGUCGAUCGUUCAAGGUAAACAGGGUAACUUUUUUGUUGCUGGACACAGUGAACAUGCACUACACGCAAAUUAGCAGUUUUCCGUGCUUUUGUGAUUGUUUUAUAUGUUUUCCUCCGUUUAUUUAUGCUUUUGAAUUGCAUUAGGGCAUCUUGAUGUUUCUUCCAAUAAGUUUUAAA